CCUAUACAACACGCAUUUUACGAGUGUCAUUGACGCAACAAUAUCCUUCAGCUGUCUGGGAACUGAGCAGCUGUCACACUAGUCUGUGUGUGUGUACGCCUAGCAAUCGACACGUACAGUUAUUUAUAAGAGGCUUUGCCAGAAUGGCACGCGGGCAUCAAAAACUUCAGUCUCAGCAGAAAAACGCCAAGAAACAGGCGGAGAUGAAGAAGGCCAAGGGUCAUGAUCAAAAGACGGCAGCCAAGGCAGCCUUAGUGUUCACCUGCGCUGUGUGCAUGUCCCAGAUGCCCGACCCAAAAACCUUCAAGCAACACUUCGAGAGCAAGCAUCCGAAAUCCCCUCUGCCCCCCGAGUUAGAGGGAGUGGAGGCAUAAAUGGUCACCCUGGAUACCAAACCGAUUCAAUGCCCUGCCCUGCACCAACUCUGCACUUGUCUCAGUCGGACAGGAAUGGAUGAUUUGAUGUAACGUAACCAACAUGAAGCAGUUAUCUUCAUUUAGGCUUUAACAGGCCAGGUUGCCUUUAACACAAUGCUUCCUCCCAUCCAGUCCUCUUUUUGCUUGUAUUUAAAAUACAUGCGGGGCUAAACUUAAAUGGCAGUUUUCAUUUCAGGGCCACUGGUGACCUGUACGAUCCAGGAACCCUCCAAGUGGUGAAUGAAGAUUUCCCCCCCACAGUUUCUCAGAACUGCCCUCAUGUCUUGUGCACAUAGGAGUAUUUCUCGCUAGCUCUUGUACCUCUGACUGAAGCUUCGAUGGAUUACAUUUGCUGAUUUAAACCUUUAUAUCAAACGUGACACGCGAUGCAAACGCAUACAGUGUCUUUAAACAAAGCGCAGGUUUGGCUUGGGUGGGAGAUUUCUUAUUUUAAAUUUGAUGCAAUCAAGGCAAUGCCAGAUGUGACCUUGUCUAUUUUAUUUGUGCUUUGAGUAUUGAAUCAAAUGGCUGUGACAUUUUUCCCCCAUAUCAGUUGUUCAAUAUGGAAUUCCUCCAGAGCGCUGUCUGCCAUGUUAUACUGCAAUCUUUCAUCUCGCUAAUCAUAUUUUCACAAAUUGUAAGUUAAUAAAUUUUACGGGAGCGUGUCGGCAACAUGUGUACGCUUGGAAAAUGAAUGAUGUGAUGUAUUAUAACAUUUUAUUAAAUUUUACUUUGUUGUAUAUCUGCGUUUCUCUAGAAAUUGUUUCCUUUCAUAAAAUGCCAGAUAAUCUG